CAACACUACACGCUGAUAAAGGAUAAAUAGGAAAGGAGAAAGAAAUCAGAGCAGAUGCAAGUGUCAAAUUUGCCAAGAAAUUUUUCAUUUUAUUUGUCAGUUGAUUAACAAUUUGUAACGCCAUGAAUUCGAGUGUAAUUUAUACGAAUGUGCCCACGCCGAGUUGCUCGCAAGCACCGAUAUCGGUUGCAACUCCCGAUGGCGGCAUUCUUUAUACCGGCUUCAAAUGCAUCAAUUACAUUGCGGCAGCUGCUGACAAGAAAGUGACGGAGAAGGAGAAGGAAAAUGCUGUGGAAGUGAAAACAAUGUCAACGCGCAUUACAGUGAGCAGUCUCGAUGUGAGUCCACUGUGGGCACAGGACAACAAACAAUUUGCCAUUGUUGCCGAGGAUUUGAGUGUGCAAGUUUGGGAUUGCGCGGCGGGAGAAGCCAUCAUGGGACACAAGGCGCAUCAACAUCAGCGGGAGGCGAGAGAUGUGCGCAUGUUACCAUUGAUAAAUGUGCUCAUGGGUUACAUCUGCAAUGGCAACAUAAUCUCAAUGGAUGCCAGUGAUUUGGUUAUUUACUGUGUCACCUCCAACACUUAUUGCCGUCGUCCCUCGUUUAUCUCCCCCAGGAAUCAUCAGUUGACUGUGCUGCGCUGUUCACCGUACCAGGAGCAUCUGUUUGCUUUGGGCACAAGCGCGGGAUUUGUUAUGGUUUGUGAUAUGCGUAAAAUGUGCAUUGUUCACAAGUUUACGUGUCAACAAGCGAGUAUUUCUGGACUCGCCUGGCGGGAAAUGUCCAAUGUUCAGCCAGUUACCACAACUGAUCAAUGGCGCAGCGAACUGAAGCCAAAUCCUCCAGAGAAAUCAGCUCAAAUGAAGUCAAACUCUUGUGAUGACUUCGUGGGUCUGGAGAAACCAACUGAAAUGGAGUUUAAGGAGGGGAAUUCCUCGAAAACCAAGCCAAACAAAGCUCCUUUAUGCAAAUCCCAGGCAGCUGACAACGAUGACAUCUUUGACAUCUACAAUACGGAUCAUCUGGAGUGCGAAUUUGGUGCUCCAGUCCGUCAGUCAAUCAAAAAGUCCAGCAACUAUGUGGAGGAUUUUGUAGGACUUGAAAAACCCGCAGAUAAUGUUAAACUGGACUUUAUGGAAGCCUGCAAAAGCAUGAAGGAGGAUUUAAAAGCACUCAAUUCCGCAGAGCAAGAGUUACCCAAAGUGGAGGUCACGCUGGAGGAUUGUCUGGAGACGGGAAUCCAAGGUCCUCGCAGCGAUAGCAGCAAUCAAUCCCAGCGAGCCGGAGAGAAACGGAACAGCACCUCCAGUGAGGGCAGCCUGGAGGUCAUACAGUUCAGUUCGUCCAGCGAUGAUGCCGUCAUUGUGGACGGUGAAGCUGCCAAGCCCAAACGUGAAGUACUGCAUCACAUUUAUCAUCAGGCCGAGGUGCACGAUGCACCCGAGUCCUUGACGCUGUCGAAGCCACCACCAGGUGACAAACUCGCUGUCAAGGCAGCCAGUGUAGAUACCUUAAGCAUCUGUUCCACGGCAUCCACAUCCCGGCCGGACAUUCUGUUGGUCUCUCUCAACGAUAACGAUGUCAUCAUGAUCUUUAACACGCUGACGGGCGCACAGUGUGGCAAGACGUACAACAAAGGCAAUGCAACAGGCAGAUCCAAAGAUGUUCAUUGGCUAAAUGAUAAUACUGUUGUGUGCUUGAGUCGGCAACAACUCGUCUAUUGGUCCGUGGACUUUGAUCCGAAGACGCGUCGUUAUAAGCUGCAAAAGAGUCUAGGAUAUAAGAACACGCCACAGGACAUUGUUACAUUCGCACCAAGUGCUGACAAUAAACUCUGGCUGUGCAUGAGGAAUCGUCGUGUUGGCACCUUAGAUUCCAAGACUGGACAACUAACUGCUAUAUACGGUUGUCUGUCCUUUGGCAUACGUGCUAUUGCCGAGUGUCCGGACGAUAUGAACAAGAUUGCCCUGGGCUGUUCGGAUAAACGCUUGGCUAUAUUCGACAUAUCGCAGCUGUCGGCACAUUUCAUUCCCAUUGAAGUAGUGCACGUGAAUAGUUCAAUUUACACUUUAGCCUGGAGUCCGGAUUGUUUGCAGCUCGCCUUUGGCUGCUACGAUGGCAUGGUGGGCAUUCUUGACGUGGAGAGCAUGAGAGUGAGAACAACAUUUCGGCAUGUUUACAAGAAGGAAGUGUAUUCGUUGAUGUGGCAGGAUAAAUACAUUUAUUUCAUUGCCAAUCAUUUGCUGGGCGUCUACAAUGUGCAGUCGAAGAAAGGCAAGUCUACCAAAGGAUUCAGCUCACAUAUGUUGACGUGUAUUGAGCGUGCAAGUAGCUUGUGCUUAUACGAGAACUUCCUCAUUGUCGGCACGGAUGAUGGCUUCCUGCAGCUGUACGAACGUAAUCCUGGCCAGCAAGAGUUGACCUACACAUCGUGUGUGCGUCAGACGUCGCUGUUGUCACGCUAUGUGACGGAUAUUGUCUUUAAUCCUCUCAAGCGGCAUCAGUUUGCUGUUGUGGGUCAUGACAAGCAGCUGCAAAUAAUGGAAUUUCAACCGGAACAACGUGGAUGGACCAAGUUGGUGACUUUAAUGGCCAGUGAUGCAAAGGCAUCGAUAGCAUCGGUCAAAUGGAGCAAUCUCCAAUCGCAUUUGUUGCUCAGCUUUCACAUUGAGGGCAAGGUGUGUCUGUGGAACAUCCAGGAACCGGAGAAGCCCCCCUUGACCAUCAGCUAUCACUGUCCCAUGUGGUGUGGCAUGUUUCUGCCCUCCAAUGAGAACAUUAUCAUGUGCUGCGGCAAAGCGGUAUCCCUGGAACAGAUCAGCAUUAAGGAGGCAUUGUCCAAAGGCGACAAGCACAUCAGUUCCAAGUCUGAUGCAUUGCUCAAUGUGAAAUGGGCCAACAAAUCCUUGACCCAACCCAUUGGAGGUGCAUUAAAUGCAGCUCAGAAGAAGCGACAACGUCGUGACAGACGCAAAGUCGAAGCACAACCUCCGACUGCUUCUCCAGAGCAGACGAAGAACACUGAGGAACAGCCACCAAUUGAGAAGAUGCUGGAUGCACUUACUCUGGACACCAAGAAAGCAACUCCCCUUGAGUGCAGCAAGUGCAAGGAGCUCAAACCGGAUAACUUCUUGGGCCAUAGCCGCAGUUGCCUCUGCCUUACCCAAAAGGAGCUCAACAAGCACGCGCUGGAAAAACUGGCCAUUGUGCUCACCGAGGAUGCAGCCAAAAUAGACAAGGACGUGCUCAUGUCCAAGCUCUUUAGCACCAAAGUCAUGGCCAAGGACUUGAUUGCCACCGAAUUAACAAAUCUGAAGCAUUCCAACAACAAGGACAUUGCCCCACUGUGUCUGUCUGUUGCCACAUUUAAAGUGCACGACGAGCUGAAACAACAUAUCGAAAACAAAACGCUCACCGAAUGGCACAUCUCUUUAGCGCCCACUGUCUCCUAUGUUUUUUGGCAGAAAUGCUGCAAGGCCUAUGCCUCGCAAAUGGAGGAGCAGGGUUUUAUUCUACAUGCUGCCACAUAUCUCUCAGCGAUUGAUAUGCAAACGGAUGCCAUCAAUUUGCUGCUUAAACAUGAAUACUUCAGGGAGGCAUUGGCCAAUGCCAGGAUCCAUCUGCCAGCCACGGAUCCCAUGAUCAAAAUCAUUAUCAACAAAUGGCUGGAACAACUCGAGAAAACUGGAAACUUUGCUGCAGCCGCUUUGAUCUGCGUGCUGGAUAAUGAGAUGCUGCGCGGCCUUACGUAUUUGCGCAAAUUCCGCAAUUGCACGCCGGAAAUAGCCGAUCUCAUGGAGCAGAUCAAGCGCAUUGGACAACUGGGUUCGCUGUUCGAUGAUGGUUGCCUGGACAGAGCAGAGAAUGGUUCAGCCGCAAAGGAAUUCGAAAACGAGUAACCGCCAAUUGUCCAAAAGAAAACCCUUUUCCCAUGGCCAAACAACCAACGGGCUGUACUUAGUUUUAGUUUAGAUAUAAUCACAAACAAAAUGAGCUUCUUAAGUUGUUUUUAUGAGAAAACUUGUAUCAAUUAAUAAUUAAUAGAUGUGAUUUAAGCCAGGCAGCUAACCCAAAACAUUGUUAACAAUACAAAAGUAAAAGAAGUAACAUUUAAUGAUUUAAUGUGUCACUUAACUUGAAAACAGACAAAAGUUGCUUAAGCUCAACAUAUUGUUUGAUGCACAAUAAUUUAUGAUUUCAAAUUAAUUUUAAUACCGUUUCAACUUUCGAUUUAAAAAUUGAUGAAAAAAAAACAAAAACGUUACAAGAAUUUAUACGAGUUACAAUACAAAUAAAUGUCCAAGGCAAGAUUUUUAGUUAGUAAAGAUGCGUAGAAAGCAAAUAAAAGAUACAUAAUGAAGAAGAACAAGAAACCACA